CUGGAGUUGGACUUAAUGCUGAUUGGCUGAUAUAAUGGGCUCUGUAAAACAUGAGAGAGAACCCUACUUUUUUGCUGUUGUUUUCUAACACUCUCUGAACUUUGGUAAGCAAAAGGAAGAGUGGUUGAAAGAGCCUGUUCUUGAGUAACGUGUUCCUGUAGUGUGCCCAUAUUUGUAUGGUGAAGGUUUCCUACCUGUAGUAUGAUUUUGCUGGGCUGUGAGGCUGUAUUGGAGUAGCAAAGGUGAGAAGUAUCAUCUUUAAAGGUAAUGAAGCUGUAGCAAAGCAAGCAGGAAAAUCUAGUUUCUUCCUAGAAUGCUGCCUGACAAAAAUAGUAGCAAGUAAAGGCACUUGCAAUUAGCUUUUUUAUGCAGUCUUCAUAGGGAGCUUGUGGUAUUGAUUGUUUUCUGGGAAGCAAGGCAGCAGUGAGGAAAACUUGCGCUUGCCUAAACGGCUUCUUUGCUGUAGGCAGGGUUUGAGCAUUUGCACUAGAACAGGUCUUUACUACAGUUUGCAAACACAGAAAGUGAGCUGUCUGUAAGGAAGGUUUCAGUAGAAGUAAGGCCCAAUUUGCUAAAUUGGGUCUUUUGUAUAUGAUGCAAAUAACAAUGGCUUGGCAGUGUUUACAUCUCAAGUGCCCGACUGUUGUGUUAAUGCAGGCUGUAAGGGUGUUUUCAGGGGUACUUCUGGACUGCAGGUCACGUGCCUGAGUGGUACUAAGUCCCAGGAUGAGCCAGCUCCUGCCAACAGUUUGAGCUAAGAGGAUAUGACAGAACGGAAACCAUCUCUGUUGUGGACCCCAAACGUCAGAGAUGCGGAUACGUUGCUGACGUGCCCCCAGCCCAGAGAUGCGGGAAGUUUUGCCAACAGUCUGCUGCGAUCAGAACCUUCUGGAGGAAAGCUGUUUGCCUCGUGACCUCAUGAAGAAAAUCCAAGAGCAGAAGGAAGAACUGGGCCUGAUGGUGGACCUGACAUCCAGAACCCACUAAUAUGGGCCAGAGGCAUUAGUGAGGGAAUGGCUUUGCCACAAAGGGUCUUACUUCCUCUGGAGAAGAUUUGCAUGGCCUGGCAACAGACACAAUGUUGGAGCGGGCCUAUACAACAUGCUUUCUCAAUGUCAUCCUGCAGUGCUGGAUGUGCACACUCCUGCUGGCCAACUACCUGCUCUCUCAUGAGCACAGCCAGUCCUGCUUGGAGCAAGGCUUCUGCAUGAUGUGUACAGUGGAAAUGUACCUUGAGGAGGUCCUAUCCCACUCCAGCAGUGCCAUCAAACCUACACCUGUCGUCAGUGAGCUUCCAUUCCUUGCAGUCCUUUUACUGGUGCACAGCUCUCAGGCAGUCUACGUUCAGGAUGGAGACUUGAAAUUCUCCCUUGAGUCGGUAAAGAAGCUAAAGGAGCUUAUGAAUGAGAACAGACACAUUAACCCUCGCAUGGUGGUUUCAAUGGCUAGCUAUUCUCCAUGUGAUGAAAAAGAUCUCCCUGAGGAGUUCCAAUCUGUGUGCAAAAGAGAAGAUGCAUCUAUGAUUUUUGAGAGGCUGAACCUGGCUGUCCAAGAAGCUGAUUUGUGUGAAAUCUGUGCCAAUGCUGCCUGCGCUGGUUGCUUUUGAAUAAAGAUGAAACAAUCCAAAGAAGAUGUGUCAAGUCAGGAAGUUUGUGCAUUCCUACUGCAAGAUCACAUACUUUCACAAAUCAAUAUUUGGGCUCCAUCUCCACCACAGUAAAACUGGAGCUGCUAGCUCGUAUAGACAUGCCAGGGGUAGUCCUGAAGUAGUCAGAUCAGGUGCCACCAGCAGUGCAGUUAGGGCAACAAGGAGACUGUAAACCUCAUCUGAGAGGUUUCAGUUCUGCAUGAGUUGUGUCACACUGGAACAAAAAUGUCCUGGGCACAGGUUCAUUUUCCACUAUUAUGUCUGGAUUGGAACAUGAUGGGUGAAACUGAGCAGUCUCCUGCAGUCUUUUUAAUAUCUAAAUCUGCCUGUGAUUUGGACUCCCCUACACAUAACACCCCACAGCAUUGGGUUAUCUUUUCCAGCCCAUGCUUUCCAGUGUUUUGGAUAACUAUCUCACUUCCUGUAGGUCUGCAUGUGUCAUGUGUAUGUAACAGAAUUGCAGCAGGUAACUUGGGCACAAGUUCCUGGUGUUUAGCAACACUUUCAUAACCAGAAAUUUCUCAGCCUGUUACUUGUACUAAUUGUUGCCAAUUUAGGGAAUGGAUGCAGAGGAGCACAGGAACACUUUCUACAUAGUUGUAUGGAAGCUCCCUUCUUUUGGCAGAUUUUCAUGUUCGUUAAGCUCUAUUUAGGAGAAAGGAAGUCCAAACUGCAAUGCUGGAAUCACUUUGAAAUUAAAAUAUUGCCUUGUGUUUUUAUUUAUUGGUGGCAAGAUAGUGAAGAAAGGAUCUGCCCAUGUUUAUAUGCUAUGUAUGAAAUAAAAGCUAGUAAUAACUUGGCAUUUUGGUUUAUGGUUUUGCUGGGUUUUGAGCUGAGUUCUUUUUG